GCGCUACCGCACAGCUUCCAGCGCCUGCGAAGAUUUGACGAUUUGACUGGUUUGACGGUGAUUGACGCUCUGAAGCGGUGUGCUUACCUCUUUUCCACCGUUAACAAAAUUAGCUAUUCUCUCUGCUGAAUUGAUGGCUUCGUUAAAGAUUGUCUAACCUGCACCAUCCAACAGUCCACACCGCGACGCGAAAUAGCAUGACAAGAAGAGGCAAGAGAAAUGUUUGCGUCGGCGAAGAAUUCCGAAUUGCAACUACAUUGGCUCUGCAGAAAUUCCGUCAGACUGAAGAGCCAAAAGAGCUUGAGUUUCCGUCAUCCUUCACAGCAGAAGAGAGAGCAUUUAUACACCGGCUCUGCAUUUCGCUCAAUUUGAAGUCAAAAAGCAGAGGGAAAGGUUCCAAUCGGUAUUUAACAGCCUACAAGAAGGAAGGUUCCACAAUAGUUCAAGCUGAUGCAGGAUUCUCAAUGGGAGGUCUCGCACGGCAGCAUGCUCUGUUGCUGCUGCAAAAGUUUCCAGUGAAUGCGAGGGAGAGGCAAGACCUACUGCCACCAACCGAGCGUGAGAGAGUCCUGGGCCAAGAAACGCGAGACGUAAAUCGUACCACCGGGCGACUGAGCAGUGGAAUUCCGCAAGUGCCCCCACGGUGUGAGAACUCGCCGUUGACGUCAUUUCGUCAGAGCCUCCCUAUUUGGCAGUACAAAGAUCUCAUAGUGGCAGCUGUGGCUCAACACCAAGUUGUGCUGGUUGUUGGAGAGACAGGCUGUGGGAAGACUACGCAGGUACCACAAUAUCUGCUGGAGCGUCAUGCUGAGGCUGGUCAGCCGUGCCGUAUGAUCUGUACAGAACCGAGGAGGUUGGCCACAGUGGCAGUGUCGGAAAGAAUUGCGGUGGAACGAAACGAAAAAUUAGGGCAGACUGUCGGAUACCAGAUUCGUCUGGAGAACAGGGUUUCCCCGAAGACAUUGUUGACUGUCUGUACAAACGGUAUUCUGCUGCGAACAUUAAUGGGUGGAGAUGCAAGCAUGGCCACUGUAACUCAUGUGAUUGUGGAUGAAGUCCACGAACGAGAUCGCUUCAGCGACUUCCUGCUCAUCGUGCUGAGAGAUCUCCUUCCCAAAUUUCGUAACCUCAAGGUCGUGCUAAUGUCAGCGACUGUCGACGUUCAACAGUUUGUCAAAUACUUUGGCGGGUGCCCGGUUAUUGAGAUCCCAACAAGAACUCACGAAGUGAAGACUUACUUUCUGGAAGAUGUACUCCGUUUAACCAAUUAUAUGAGCCAAGCCAUGCAGAACAAUAAGGUGAGCCUGCAGAGAGCACAGACACAGAAGCAGCAGCUGGCAAAGUGGUGCUCCGAGAGUGCAAGCAAUUCCUCCGUUGCGCCCGAGUCUGGAGGAGGAGGAGGAGGAGGAGCUACAUCUGUGCCUCCUGGCAGCCAACAGCGCGAGUCCCUGAACUCUUCGCACUCCAAGUGUGUUGAGGAUCAUGCUCACCUUACCUCGGAAAUGGAUGAAGCACUUCACAAUGCCUGGAUCUCUGGAACGGAUGAAGCUUUCUCUCAACUGCUCUAUUAUAUCAUGUCAGAAAAUGUCUCAGUCGACCACCAGCACAGCGAGACGAGUGCUUCGGCUCUAAUGCUUGCUGCUGGAAGGGGCAAGGUCGAAGUUCUGGAAGAACUCUUAGCACUGGGUGCCAGCACAACAGCACGUGCAUCCAAUGACUGGACAGCUUUUGACUGGGCACAACACUUCCAUCAGAAGGAAGCUGCGGAGGUUCUCAUGGCCAACAUGCUGACAAGCCAGUGUGGCCUCUCGAGCCUCGAACCCGCAGUUGCAGUGUCAGAGCACGACAUGAGUGAGGCAGACCGUGACUUGCUGGACCUCUACCACCACAGCUUUGAUGAUGAUAACACUGACCUGGACCUGAUCAUGUGCCUCUUACAGAAGGUUCACAUGAGCAGUGAAGAAGGUGCUGUCUUGGUCUUCCUGGCUGGCUAUGACGACAUAAUCAGCCUCAAAGAGAAAAUCUUGUCCGAUAACAAGGUGUUCUCGAAUGACAAAAGAUACGUACUGUACGUGCUUCACUCAAACAUUCAAUGUUCUGAGCAGCGUCUUGUCUUCAAUCCAACUGCACCAGGAGUCAGGAAAAUUGUGCUGGCAACCAACAUAGCAGAGACGAGCAUCACAAUCAGUGAUGUCAUGUUUGUAAUUGACUCUGGGAAAGUAAAAGAGAAAAUGUACGACAGCUUGACCGGCACAACCCUCCUCAAGACAACGUGGGUGAGCCGCGCCAACGCCAUUCAGCGCAAGGGCCGUGCAGGCCGUACCCGUCCAGGAGGUGUCUGUUUCCACAUGAUCAGUCGACCCCGGUUCAGGGCACUGGCGCUUUUCCAGCAACCGGAGCUGCUGCGACUUCCGUUGCAAGAACUCUGCCUCCAGGCCAAGCUGCUGGCACCACCCAAUGUUCCUAUCGCUGAUUUCUUAGCCAGGGCACCGGAUCCCCCAGCAUUUUUGGUCACACGGGCAGCAGUGACAUUGUUAAAGACCAUAGAUGCAUUGGACCCUUGGGAAGAGCUGACAGAAAUGGGACUUCACCUGUUGGACCUACCCAUUGAACCCAACCUGGGAAAGAUGGUACUCUAUGCAGUGGUGCUCAAAUGUUUGGACCCUGUUCUCACUAUUGUCUGUGGCCUAUCAGUAAAAGAUCCAUUUGUAUUGCCAGCACAACCGGGUCAAAAGAGGGCAGCCGCAAUAUCCAGGAGGAGGUUUGCAGCUGACACUUACAGUGAUCACAUGGCCCUGCUUAGGGCUUUUCAGGGAUGGCAAAAAGCUCGCGGUGACAACAUAGAGCAGCAGUUCUGCGAGCGUCACUUUAUAUCUGCGUCAACCAUGGCCACAAUCUUGCGCGUUCGAGGACAGCUCUUGGGCCAGCUGAGGGCCUCGGGGUUCGUUCGUGCUCGAGGAGGUGGCGACAUCCGUGACCUCAACGCCAACUCCGACAAUUGGGCUGUCAUCAAGGCAGCCCUCUGUGCUGGGUCCUAUCCCAACCUUCUGAGGGUAGAUCGUGAACGGCAGCAACUUAUAGCUCAGCGAGCCUGCAAGGUUCGGUUCCACACCCGCUCUACACUUUCUCACACACCAAACUCUGCCCACGGCGGGAACGUCGCAUCACGGGCAGCAACCGUGGCUGCACUCCCUUCCGACUGGCUCAUCUACGGGGAGAUGACAAGGGUGGGACCAGCUGCAUACGCGCACGUGUGCACUUUAGUGUCACCACUAACAGUUGCCCUCUUUGCGGGUCCACUACGUCUACCCCUCGAUGCCCUGCAUGAGACACAGCAUGGAAGGCUGGACGGACUCGCGGAAGAGAGUGACAGCGAAGAAGAGGAAGAAUUAGACAUCCAGAAGUCCAUCCUUAAACUCGAUGACUGGGUCUCCUUCAAAGUGGAGCCCGAAAGCGGGCGCCUAGCGCUGCAGCUGCGCCAGAAACUGCAGGCACUGUUCCUUCGGCGCAUGCACGCACCCGCAAAGCCCUGGUCGCAGGUCGACGAAGCGGUUGUGCGUUCUGUGGUCGGCGUUCUCACGGCUGAAGAGCAGUCCCAGGGCAUCCCUCAACCACCCCUUGGCAUCGGUCAAAGGCCUCGGCCGAUGGCACCCGACUUCGGUUCUUCACCGGUGGGUUCGCCAGACUCCGCACUUCUUGAGAUGGAGUCGCGGAGACCAAUCCGGCGUCCCGAUUCCGGAACCAGUCCCACGUCGUCGUCUCGGGGAUCUUCAGCAGCGACCACGCCAAGCAGGGGGCAUUCAGAAAAAGACCCAUUUUUCGCCAUGGUGGCAGGUACUUCGAGGUGCUCGGACGAACGUUCGGACACAUCGUCUCUCCGCUCUGGGGGCAGUGGCCCAAUGAGUCCCUGCUUCAGCCCUGGUGCUGGCUGGAGGGCUUCGGGGAGCAAGCGCUUCUACGUCGUGAAAGCUGGUUCGCAGAGGGCAGUGGACACGUCUGUUGCUACGGGACUGUGGUCAUUUGGCCCUGGGACCGAUAGGAAGCUUCAGUGGGCUCUGAAGGAGGGAAAGGAGGUUUUCCUGGUGUACUCUGUACAAGGAAGCGGGCAUUUCCAUGGGUAUGCAAGACUGCUGGGACCUGCUUCUACCCUCCAGUGGCAAGCAGAUGCCUAUGGUGGUAGCUCUGGUCGCUGCUACUUCAUUGAGUGGUGUCGCAGGUUCAAUUUGCCAUUCCAGAGUACACGCCACCUGAUCAAUGCUUGGAAUGAGAAUCGCAAGGUACAAGUUAGCAGGGAUGGGCAGGAGCUAGAACCAGGCGUAGGCGAAGCAUUGUGUAGACUCUGGGACGACAUUCCGCAAGCCGUUCCACGACCCCAGGUCGCCAACCGUUGAAGUGGUCAUGCCGUAGAAACCCUCCUUUCUUUGAUGUGCCUCUAGGUUGUGAACUUUGCAGCCACAAAAUUUCUAUAUUUUGGUUUUAUAUUGAGUUGUUGCAUUUGAAUACCCAGCUUUUAAAGACAGAGGUCCACAACUGUUAGACUGUCACCUGUGCUAGUCAUUGACAAGGUAGAUCCUCUUUGUACAAUUCCAUAGAACACUCAUCUUUUUUAUAAUUUACGGACAUGUAUAUACGUGCUGCAUGCCACGCCAUAAAGCUUUACCGUCGCGAAGGGUACGUCGUCCUUUCGCUACAGAGAAGAAAAGUGCCGAGUGACUCCAGAUGGCUGCAGGAAUGUGUUUAUAAUACUGCUGAGAAAUAACUGUUCUGGCUUUUGCUCAGCAAGUUGGGAACUCUUUCAACAUGUCUUGUCACUGAAGAUCAUUGCUCAGAGUCUCCAAAGUUAGCUGUUUGUCUUCCCCAGUUCUGUGGAAAUUGUUGAAGAUGUGCUACUGUAUGUGCAAUACUGAUCAUUAAGUAUUUUCUUGAACAGA